ACUUAAGUGCCACGUUGAAGUCUACAAAUUACAGUAAACAUGGAUGGUAUAUUCAUCAAAGUAACGGUGUUUAUCUCUGUCAUGUGUGGUAGAAUAUUCUCCGAGCAUGACAAAAGAUUAGUUCUACACAGCAGUGAGGAUUUACUAAAUGUUAUUUCAAAGCUGGAGCGAAAAGUUGAAUCUUUGGAUGCUGAAGUUACUGCAUUGAAGGCAAAACAGUUGACCUGUGGUGCCACAUAUAUUCGUUGGGGAAAAACUGCAUGUCCUAUGAAUGGAACUGAACUUAUUUACAAAGGCUAUAUGGCAGGUGAUAAAUGGGACGAGUAUGGCGGGGGAUCAAACAAUCUUUGUUUGCCGGAAGACCCUACAUGGAACCAGUAUGUAGAUGGAUACAAUAGCGGAGCAGUAAUAUACGGGACAGAGAUAGAGGCUGACAGUGCUGUUUCAAAUAAGCUCUUCGGAAAACCAACAGACAAUCAGGAUAUUCCUUGUGCUGUGUGUAGGUCUUCGCGUGCAUCUCAUUUAAUGCUACCGGCACGUACAAACUGUUAUCCAGGGUGGACGGGGGAAUAUGAUGGCUAUCUUGUUUCGGGUCACCCGGCCUGGAAAACAAACAGUGACUAUAUUUGUCUAGAUUCGGGGCUUGAGUUUGUUCCCCACGGGUCUGCCAAUGAUAAUGAGCAUGUUUUGAUGCCUGUCGAAGUGAGAUGUGGGCUCCUCGGAUCUCUUCCUUGCCCCCCAUUUGUGGAUGGUCGUGAAUUGGCAUGUGUUUUUUGUACAAAGUAAAAUAAGUGCAAUCAUAAUUAAAGUACUUAGACUAGUUA